CGUGCCGCUGUCGCUGAUGGCGGCGGGGCUGUCGGAGGGUCGCACCGAUGAAGGAGCGCGAGGAGGCGGGGGCCGGGCGCGAGGCCGACGCCGCUGGACUGCAGCCGUGAGCACGCGGACACACGCGGCGGUGAGGCGCGCGGAGCAGCGUGGGGGCGGCGGCUCCCGGAGCGGACCUCCUUCUGACCCUCAUCUCCUCCCAGCGACCAGUCCUCCCUCUGCUUCACUCGCUCAGACCUGUCCGACUGUUCGAGUCCCGUCCAGCGGGCUCAGAGUCUGAAGACAUUCCACCUGUUUACUGAACGAGGGGUUGGAGCACUGCCAGGCUAACCGCUGCUUUUCAUCUGAAAAUGUAGCUAGCUAACUUGUUUUUUUCUUUUAACUGCUCGUUGUUAGCGGCUAACUGAUAGCGGUCGACACUAUUCUUCGGAGCUGAACACUGCGCUCAAAGAGACGCGAAGAUGUAGCUGGACUACGACCCGGACACCACGUUCAGCAGCUACCUGCUGGUUAGCAGCUCGGGGUUAGCUGACGACGGUGGCUUGGCGUUGACUGUGGGUGGAGCAGGGGUGCAAUGGAGUACCACUCCGGUGGUAGCCUGCCCCUGCUGGGGAGACCGCGGUACUGCCCUGGGACCAACGCUAACGGAGAAUACCUGUGUGAGACGGGACACUGCUGUGGAGAGACUGGCUGCUGCACCUACUACUACGAACUGUGGUGGUUCUGGCUGCUGUGGACCGUCCUGAUCCUGUUCAGCUGCUGCUGUGCGUACCGACACCGCCGGGCCAAACUGCGGGUCCAGCAGCAGCAGCGGCAGAGGGAGAUCAGCCUGCUGGCCUACCAUGGAGCCAACUCCUUCCCGUCCUCCAUGCUGGACCUCAGCUUCCUGGCGUCUUUGAAGCUGCCGUCUUAUGAGGAGGUGGCGGCUCAGCCGUCAACCCCGCCUCCUCCCUACAGCUCCGUGUUUACCACCCCGCGGUACCCUCAGCCGCCGCGGGCUGCCGACCCCCACCUGCUGACGCAGCACGACCCGCUGCUGCACCGGCCGCUGAGCGACGGCCCCUCCUCCCUUAGCUCUGACAACAGCUCCAGCUGUUCCUGCGACUCCUGCUGCCCCUCCUCUCCGUGCAGCUCUUCUCUGUCUGCUCCUGUCACCUAUGAGACUGACACAAGCCACGCCUCCACGCCCAGCGAGGCCACGCCCAUCACCCUUGAUGUCACCAUGGAGACUAUAACUGCAGCCGUGAGCUGCUUGGGGGAAAACAAGGUUCCCUUUGCCGCCUUGGGGGCAACUGCAACCGCGGACGUCAGAGACCCGGAGGCCGCCGGCGCCGAGGAACCACAAGCCAAGAAGUCCCCGCCUCCUCUCAAGACUGUUACUGUGGCGGUUGUCACCAGGGCAGCCUCCCCUCAGCUUUUGCCUUCACCUGGUCCAGAGUUAGCCCUCCCCAUCGGAACUAUAUCUCCCACGAUGCAACAGCUUGACAUCGCACUGAGGUCCCCAGUUGUUGCUGGAAGCUCGUUCUCUUGUUCCACCAUCGCAGAAGCGGUGCCCCCAUCCAUCCAGGUCAUCAGCGUUGACAGCAUCGCCCCGACAGAUAACCCAUCUGACGGCAGCCGAGGCGUCCGAGCUCUGGAGAACCUCACUUUAACCAGGACUUUCCACCCGGCCAGCGCUCCUUGUACUCCAACCUCAGUUCCAGCUAAUGAUGUUGGCAGGACUUUGGCCCUCAACACAGUCAGCGCCAGCCUAGCAAGUCCAGACCAAGACCGCGGCCCGUCGACUCCUACAAAACUCUCACACGAUCAAGAACCACCAUUGCCUCACCCUUCAGAUCCAGAACCAACAAACCGUGGCCAGGACUCAAACCCACAACCUGUCCUCGGUUCUUUUAUUAAACCCAUUCUGAUCUCCAAGCCAACACAUUUGCAAAUCAGUCCGGGUUUAGAACCAGCAAACAUAUCACCCCCCACUGACAGCCAGAGCCCAGAACUCUCAUCCGGGUCGGGUUUGGUUUGUUCAAGCCCCGGCUUGUACCAACGCUCAGGCCCAGAUGCAGGUUCUGGAUCUCUCAGAGACUUGACUGUAGUUUUGGACCUUUCAGGACUCUCUGCGGUCCCAACCGAACCACCAGAGGUGGCUCUAGUCCCACUAUUGCCUUCAGAAGCUGGUUUGAGGCCUAGUUCUGGAUCAGGACCAACACUGAGAUCUAGUCUAGUGUCCACCCCAGUUCCAGCCGGUCCAGAACCUUCGUCUCUAUCCUGUCCGGCCAUAACCAUCGAGUCCGAGGCCUCGUUCUGUGCCUCUCCUCUGGCCGUUCUCUCUCCAUCGUCUCCUCGAUCUCUGGCCUGCCUCCCAGCUCCAACUCUACUCCUGGACCCCCUGACCUCCCUGAACCAGUCGGACAGGGGCGGAUCCUCCGGCCACGCGUCCUCCCUCUCGCCGUCGCCACGCGCUACGCAGUCCCCCCCUAAGCAGACGGUCUUCUCCCCCUGCGUGGAUGUCUUUGAACCCGGACCUCCCAGCUUCGAUGAGGAGGAGCGCGACGAGAGAGGCAACGAGGACGAAGACGAGGACAUGGGAGCCGACGAGAGCCAGUACAGACAUCGGAGACUCACCGGGGAUUCCGGCAUCGAGGUGUGCCGAUGCCGAGUGGAGGACGAGGACGAUGAAGAGGAAGAUGAAGAGGACAAGAAGGAGGAGAGCCGGAGAGGAGAAGGUGUAAGCACCGACGUCCACGACAGCAUGGACUGUCCCGCCAGAGGUCAGAUGAGUCCAGCGGAAGCGUUAACACUGUGUACGGCCGCCCCCACAACCACCGACGGCGGAAAAGUCGUCAUUGUCAUGGAGACGGCGUGACCAACUGAGUGGCCUCUUGACUCUCAGACUCGAGGGGUUUUUGAAAUGGUUCAGUGGAGGUCUAGGACUCCGCAGUUCAUCCGGAAUCACCAGCUCUGACGGUUGAUAGGUCAUAGUACAGAGUUUACCAGGACUAGAGGCCUCUACUCUACUUACAACCAGGGAUCAUGACCUGUAGAUCGUAAAGUAGGACUCUCAGAUCCAGAAUCUAAACCGAUGACAGUUUCAUCCACUGAUGUAAACCGUUGUUCGCCUCAUGGCUCCAUGAAGUAAAAGUAGCUUUAAAAUUGGCGAUAUGACGCUCUCUGUCGUCUGCUGACAAGUAGAUGUCCAUAAAUAGUGAAGGGUUGUCGAUGACGAAGGUUUGGAAGUUUUCCUUGGUCCUGCCGACUGUUUCUAGAAGAUGUGGGCGGGUGAUUCAGACCGGCUGACUGACAGGCUGAUUCAGUCACUUUGACGGACGUGUCUGUCAGCAGAGCAGAGUUAGGCCGCUCAUCCACAGACGUGUCCUCCUCGGUUUGAUUCUGAUCCGGCCUCUCCACAGACAAGCUCCUACAGAGAAACGCAACAAUAGGAGCUUUUAGAGCAACACAAAGCUCCAAACAGCCCAGACGCAACGCGUCACCGUCCUGUCUUUGGUGUAGAGGUACAUGGAGGCCAAAUGACACAAUGUAUGGCAGACACCACGGCCUUUGUCUAAACAAUGGCUCUUUGGUGUUCACGUCGUACAUUUCUCCCUUCAAAUGGCGUCGAUUUAGAGUUCAUACUCAUUACAGCCCAACAAAUUCCCAAAGAAUGUGUCAAUUCCUGCAAAGUUGCUCCAGAUGUUUUGGUUGCAUCAAUACUGAAGUCAAUAUUCUUUUACUUUCUGCCAUUGAUUUAGAUAUUCUGUUCAUCAGAAUGAGUUCUAAAGUGGAACAGAAAAGUGACAAAAACUUUACAAGUUUUUCAAUGUAUUCAAAUUUAAGUUAGCUGAGUUUUCAGAACCAAGCCACUAAUUGGCCGUAGUGCGGUGAAACAGAUUAUCACUUGUAAGAAUCGGUAAAUAAGCUCAAUCAGUGUUUACAGUCGGCUUUCCCAGGGUUUUGAUUGGUUAUGGGGAACCGGUUUUAGGUCCCACCAGGAGCAGUUCCACUUAUCGAGAACGCUGCUGGUGGAACCUGAACCAAAAAAGAAAAAAAAAAAGCACAACUGUGACUCAUUUGCAGCCAUUUCUGAAAUGUUGCUAAACAAACAAACAUAAGCUAAAGCCGAGCUUAGCCUAGCUACACGUAGGCUAGUGUUGCUACGGGCAGCUAACCGUCUUUUGAACGACAGCCUAGAAUGCAUUCGCUUCUCCCUGCCUGCUGGUUCAUCCCACGUGUGCACAAACCGAGUUGGAUUGAAAGUUGUCUUAUUACCGGUUUUUACAUCUGAUACAUCGUCAGAUAUUUGCGACUCUUCGGACGCGUCUGGAUGUCUGUGACUGGCUCUGAAACUGAAAGAGGGAAUCAUCUUGAGAGCACAAAGGACUCUUGUUUUUAGGCCUUGUAUUCAUUGGUUGUUUGAUGGAGGUUUGGAGAAGACCUCUGCGAGUAAAGACUCGUGUCGCGGUUCUGUCAUCGGACAUCAUCAUCGGAGCGGAUUCUUAAACCCUGUGACCAUGCUGCAUACGUCACAAGUUCACGUCAAACCUUUCUCACGAAGGAACCCGAGACACGAACCAGUUUCAUCAAGACCUUCUACACAGACGUGUUGGAAGAGACAGUUUUCGGUUGAAUAAAACUGGAAUGAAUUCAUGCUUGGAUGAAAAACACGUCUGUCUUUGACUUCUGCGAGUUCAAGCACACUUGUUUGGUGGUUCCACUGAAGAUGGGAGCGGACUGAGGACGAGUUCUCAGACGGAACCUCUCCGGGAAACUCUCGGCUGACGACGAGCUGUUAUUGUUGUAGUUGAUGUUGUGGUUGGUGGUGUUUUUUGUUUACCUGAACUAAUAGGGUUAUAUAUCUCCAUGGUUUCUGAGUGCCAUUUCUACUUGACAACUGUUACUACUUAGCAUUAGUUUGAGCCUUUCUGUGUGAGUGUAGGCUUUGGGCUUCAUGACGGGUGGAAUGUUCUCUGAGUUCUGUGUGGACCAGGUUUCCAAACACUGCACAGAUCUGAAACCACUGCAGGUGAGAACUGCAUCAGGCGUCCUGAAGAGCCGGGAAGGUUCUGGCAUCUGUGAAGAGACAGUUCCGUACUUACCAAAACUCUUGCAGACAGAGAUGUCAGUUUUGGUGCUUGGAGAACGUUUUGUGAACCGGUUUCAGACCUGUGUGACUGAAAUCUGGUCUUUAUGUCUCAUUUGUUUAAAGGGUUUUACUUUCUGUCAAACGUCACAACAUUUAACCACACACAUAUCUAUCUGAAGAGGUCUGCUUUGACUGGAGUCUCAUCUACAGGUUCAGAAACAAACAAUAAAGCUUUGAAAUGAACUAUAAAAACUAUAACUAUAUAAGAUUGUUGAUAAUGUGAGGAAAGUGACCAAAAGACGACAGUAACACGGUCCGUCAGGUUGAAAGGGUUUUGAGACAAAUUCAAAUAGUUUCACGUCUUAAUUACAAGAGCCAGUUGGCUAAAAGUUUCAUGUUUCAUGAAAUACUUCCAAAAGAUCGAACUGAGUUCCAAAGUCCUUAAAGGAUUCACUAAACUUCCUGAUUCGUGACGACUAAAUUAUGGUAACCUGGAGUCGGUUUGGAGGAUCUUCAGGGAUUCUAGAUUACUUGGAGAAAAAAUAUGAAAAUCUUCUUAAACUUUAUAACAUCUUGUCAAAAAAGGAAUUUGCCAUCAAAGUUCGUCAUUUUUUAUCUCUUUAAAUCGCAAACUUUGGGCGCUAAACAAACCGGCUGGAGAAGCCACCGAGAGGUCCAGUAUUUUGAGCGUUUCCAUUGUAAAAUUGACCCAUUAAACAGUUCCCACCCGUACUUCUUGAGGACCUCUUGUAGGUCCAUUUAAAAAUAGAACGGAACGGUUGGGUUCGGAACAGCUGUAGCCGCCUGUUGAUUGGCCGAGAGUGAUGACGACAUUAGAAAGUACCAGUAUAGUGCUAAGUUAGCAAUUCCCUUCUUUCAAACAAAAUUAAAUUCCAGUUCUACGUGAUGCACUAAAAGUAAAGCAAGAAAAAGAAGGAUGACCUUUGUUGUUGUUAGUUUGCUAGUCGUCGCACUACAAUGACACACUAGCGGUCUGCUCUACGCGUGCGCCGUGAAAACUUAAACUUAACUGAGUGGAAACGCUCCUCAGAAUCAACUGGACCGUACUGUACUACCCUGACCUGGACUGCUCUGUGGAAAUAAGUCUAGAUCUGUCACUAGCCUGUUGGGUUCUUCACAGAUUCAAGCGUACGCUCAACUGGGCUUUGACCCUUUAGCCCCAGUCCACCAAUCCAGAUUCUGGACAUAGAAUCUUUGUUAGGGUCAGACCCAGAAUCUGUUUUAGGAUCCUAAUCUAGAUUCUGGGUCGGACCGAGAUGAGUUACGAUAGUUCAACGAAUUUUAAAGGGUUACUGCCCUAAACUCCCAUUAUUGUCAGUUUUAUAUAUUUAGAUCUGGAUACUCUCUCAAUUCAAAGUCCUGAAAUGUGACUCCACUCAAGAACUUCUUCUGACCAAGUUUUUGGUGUUCCUUGAGGCUCUGCUGGUGUUGGACAGAAGUAGUCCCUCAAGCGUCCACACGUUCUUUCUAUGGUCGUAGUCUUUCCCUCCGUCUCAGGACGCCGCUCUCCUGCUGUCCUCGGAGAGAGCAGGAGAGACGUUCACAGCGAGGAGAGUUAUUAGUGUUACUGAAUUACUGGUUAGUUUGUGUGUGUGGACAUGUGUGCGUGUGACCUAACUAAACCAGCCUGUUCUAAAAGUGUGUACAAUUAUACUGAAUAAAACUGUUGCGUCUGAA